UUGUUUACAGCAGAGUGAACUAGCAUGUGCAGAGAGGGAUACGGACAGUAGAAAAAUUUUUAUCGGAAAUCCAUCGCGUACACCGUUCAUUGGUGUUUAGCAAAGCUUAAACACAAAGUUUUCAUUGUUCGUGGAUAUCUUGUUUAAGCAGUCAUGGUGGCAAUGACGAAGAGGGUCAAAACCUUCCAGGUUAUUUUCUCGGAUCCUAGCAAGACUUUCUACUGCGGUGGAGACAAGGUUGCUGGUCGCGUGGUGGUGGAGGUGUCGGAGGUGACCCGUGUGUCAGCUAUGAGGGUGCUGGGUCUGGGCUGUGCCAAGGUGGAAUACGCUAAAGGCAAGCAGCGCUGCCGAGAGGAGACCGAGUACCUGAGAUAUGAGGAAGUGGUCCACCUGGACGGCCAGGCAACAGAUAAUGAUGGAUCUGUGGUCCUGAGGCCUGGCAACAAGUAUGAAUACAUGUUUGGAUUUGAGCUCCCUCAGCAUGGGCAGCUGGUGUCAUCCUACAAGGGAAAGUUUGGCUAUGUCCAGUACUACGUGAAGGCCCUGAUGGAGAGACCUGGCCAGCCUGCCCUUGAGUCUAAGACACCCUUUGAAGUGGAGGAGCCUCUGGAUGUCAACACCCCAGAUCUUUUGUCUCCUACAGGUGGUAUGAAGGAGAAGAAAGUCACCUGCAUGUUCAUCCCUGAUGGUCAGGUGUCACUUAACGCCAAAAUAGACCGGCGUGGCUUUUGCGAAGGUGAAGACAUCUGCAUUAGUGCCAAGUUUGAGAAUACCUGCUCCCGAAUUGUUGUGCCCAAGGCUGCCAUCAUCUCCAAGCACACCUACCAGGCCAACGGCAGGACUAAGGUCUUCCGCCAGAAGCUGUCUUCAGUCCGUGGAAACCACAUCAUCUCUGGCAUGUGUGAUGCCUGGCAAGGAAAGACCAUCAGGGUGCCCAAGAUCAAACCCUCCAUGCUGGGCUGCAACAUUAUUCGUGUGGAAUACGCUCUCAUGAUCUACGUCCACAUCCCUGGGAGUGAGAAGCUGAUACUUGAACUACCUCUGGUCAUUGGGACUGCUGGCCUUGGCAGCAGAUCCAACAGCGUGAGCAGCCAGGAGGGCUCAGUCAGCAACGCCUCCCAGAGCUGGGUUUCCCUCAGGAUGCCAUCUGCGCCACCCAGCUACUGCGAUGUCACCCGCGACUGCCGGUUGGACCAGCCUCUGACGCCGCUGCUGGAUGACUUUGAUGGAGAUGACAGCCCCAUCUUCAUGAACACACCCACCUUCCAGUUCCCACCACCACCAGCAUACACUGAGACUGAGGAGGAGUAUAAUGGAAACAGUCGUAUGCUGCCAGUCUGCUGAAACCCAGUGGCACUACUUAAACUGUGGUCCAGCUCUCAGGGACCUGUCUUCAUCUAAGGCACUUGAAAACGAGUUGAAAGGUCCAAACUACUGACACGUGUUGAACAGACGACUACAUCCAGGAAUGGAAAGUCCAGAGAAAGAGUUUGAUGUGUGCCUAUCUUUACCACGCUUCACCAUCUAAGCUGAUGCUGAAUUUUCCUCACGGUGCUCUUCGGGUCAUUGACCUGAAGAUCAAGCCACAGAGCCUUUGUGUAUGAAUAAGCUGCUCCUUCCAGAGACUUUGCAGUUUUGUUUUUUAGAAAUUGUGAGUCUCUCUCUCCAUUAUAAACCAUGCAAUCACUCCUUGACUUUACAAAUGGGGCCAAGCACGACUUAUCCAUUUGUCGUCAGCUGAUAGUAGUAUCUUUGCUUGUUGGAUUUGUCUGUUCCUCAUGAUGUAUUGUCAUUCCAGUCCAGCUCUUUUUCCUUGUGGGAUUUCACAAAAGGAACCAUCUUUUGUUGUUAUCUGUAGUCCAGGCAAUUUGUGUUGGUUUUUUUAAGAUCCUGAAAGAUAUUAGUCAAGGGAAUAUUGGUUGCGUUUGAGAGUUACUGCAUGUUUAAUAUAUCCUUAGAUGCUAAGGGACUCCCAUGCAUCUCCCAUUUAUUGUUCUGUACCAGUAUUUUCAAAAAUGUGGUUUAUUCCUAUAUGGUAUUGCACUUUCUGAUUGAUGCAUUUUGCUGUACUACUGCCUAAGAGUUCCUGUUUUUUUUUUGUUUGUUUGUUCCAUCCUUAUGUUUGAACAAUGUUUUUAAUGUAAGAGAAUGUAUCUGAUCCUUAAAAACCCCCACACAGUGUGUAAACCUAAUUUUGCUCCGUAAGGUAGGGGCUUGAAGAAGAGCUAUAAUUUUGUGACACAAGUGCCAAACAGGAUCGUCCAUACUCAGACAUAAAGGAAAGCACUUUAUGUGAGAAUAAUCAUUGUAACUUAUCUGGGGUUGUCCUAGACAACAUUUCACUAAGAUGCCUGUGAUGGCAUAUCGCAGUUAUUGUUCUUCCACAAAAA